AUGGAGAAAGUGGCGGUUGAGUAUUUCUCGGAUUUGUUUACUACUACUUCCCCGGACGAUUUUACGGAUAUAUUAGAUGGAAUUAUUCCGGAGGUGAUUUCGGGGACAGAUAACGCAUUCCUCACACGGCCAGCAUCGGAAGAGGAAGUGCGGGUGGCUUUGUUUUUGAUGAACCCGGAGAAAGCUCCAGGUCCGGACGGGAUGACGGCCUUGUUUUUCCAAAAAUCAUGGUCUUUAUUCAAAAAAGAUAUUUUGGGUCUUAUUAAUGACUUUUUGACAACGGGAGCAUUUGAUAACAGAUUAAAUAUGACGAAUAUCUGUUUGAUUCCGAAGACAGAGCGACCAACACGGAUGACGGAAAUGCGUCCGAUUAGCCUCUGUAAUGUGGGGUACAAAAUUAUUUCUAAAGUAUUAUGUGAGCGGUUGAAAAUAGUCUUAUCACAAUUAAUCUCGGAAACCCAGUCAGCCUUUGUCCCGGGGAGACUAAUUUCAGACAAUAUUCUGAUAGCACAGGAAAUGUUUCAUGGGUUAAGAACUAAUAAGUCUUGCAAAGGAAAGUAUAUGGCAGUCAAAACUGAUAUGAGUAAAGCCUAUGAUCGCGUUGAGUGGCAAUUUGUUGAAGCCACCAUGCGCAAAAUGAGUUUCGACGACCGGUGGAUUGGAUGGAUCAUGAAAUGUAUAAAGUCGGUGGAAUAUAAAGUACUUAUUAAUGGGCAACCACGGAGGAAAAUAAUUCCGAAUCGGGGACUAAGGCAGGGCGACCCUAUAUCUCCUUACAUAUUUAUUCUCUGUACAGAGGUCUUGAUAUCUAACCUUAAACGGGCCGAAUUGAGUAAAUCUCUGACGGGUCUGAAGGUGGCUCGGGCAAGCCCACCAGUUUCACAUUUACUAUUUGCGGACGAUAGUUUAUUUUUCUGCAAGGCGACAGUUGAGGAGAGCGCUAUUUUACUUCAGAUUCUUCAGAAUUAUGAACGGGCAUCGGGUCAAAAAAUAAAUUUUGAUAAAUCUUCCAUCCAAUUUGGACAUACGGUGGAGACUACGGUACGGGCGGAAAUUCAUCAUAUACUGGGUAUACACAAGGUUGGGGGGUCGGGAAUUAUCUAG